UAAAAAUGAAAAAAACUUAAGAACUUACACUUGAUUCAACAAAGUCCGUGAGGAAUCUUGGUCGCCAUCGCGCACCCGCGAACCAGAAAUUUCAAUUCCCUCCAUUUUCCCCUCAAAUUCAAAUCCCCUAAAGUCUCCCUUAUAUACAUUACAAACACACACCUCAAUUCAAUUUCCAUGGCGAACUUCGAAGUGCCCUCAUUUUCCCUAGGCCUCGACGAUACGCCCCCCCAUUCCCCAAUCCAUCCACCUCUUUCUCCCGAUCUUCACGUCUCCGACUCCGACUCCGACUCCGAUCCCGAAUCCCGACCCGACCCGCCUCGCCCCCUCCUCAAACGCCUCCGCCGCGGGCCCCCGCCACCGUGUCUCGACCCCGAUGCCGACGCCGACGAUGACAUCGAGGAUUUCUCCUCGCAAGAAGAUCCCGAUCAAGGGCAUGCGGUUCCAUCGGCGUGGAAUCGAAAUCAUUCUGUGUGUAGCAGCUCGAAAGUUUCGUUGAAUAGAAGUGGGGUUUUGACCCCUCAUUCGUGUAGCAACUCUUUCAGGGAUAGGAAAAGAAAGGAACUUUCUAAUGAUGUUCCGGCUUCAGCCAGGUUAGAGACAGGGAAGAGUGGCUUGAUGUUUCCCAAGUUAACCACUAGUCCUCUCCGAAGGUUUCAAUUGAUUGAUUCGGACUCCGAUGAUGCUGAUGUUGGUGUUGGUGCUGGUACUAGUGAUGCCAAUAAAGUUAACCCUAAUAGUCAUUUGGAACAAGAGAAGAAAACAUCUGCUGACGAGAACAGAAAUGAGGAUCUGUGGAAGGAUUUUUCGCCGGUGAAGAAUGUUUCUGUUAAUAGGUUUCAAUUGCUUUCAGAUUCCGAUGAUUCGGAUGUUGAUGUUGGUGGUGCCAAUAAAGUUAACACUAACAGUCGUUUGGAACAAGAUAAUAAAACUUCGGUUGAUGUGAACGGAAAUAAGGAUCAGUGGAAGGAUUUUUUGCCGGUGAAGAAUGUUUCUGUUAGUAAGUUUCAAUUGCUUUCAGAUUCUGAUGAUUCAGAUGUUGAUGUGGAUGUAGGUGGUGCCAAUAAAGCUAACCCUAACCGUCAUUUAGAACAAAAUAAGAAAACAUCGCCUGAUGAUGAUCUAUGGAAGGAUUUUUUGCCGGUGAAGAAUGUUUCUGUCCCCACGCCCGCCUUCAAUGAGAUAUGUGAAGAAUACUUUCGUUCUGCCAAUUGCAAGGAAGUAGGUGGUGAUGCAUCUAAAAGUUUUAGUGAGAGGAAUCCUGGGGUUAGUUCUAGCUGCCAGAGGUAUCAACAACGAUGGGAAUCAACAGACCCCGUUCAUCCUGCUCAUAGUUAUUUUUUCCAUGAGGAUCCGAGAAUUCAGCAGUUAGUCCGCAGCCGCCUGCGGAAUUUUAAUCCACUAGGUACCAUCAACACAGUGAAUCAGCAACCUAAUUUCUCACACAUUGAUUACAUGGGACAAUUUGGUAAUGGAGGAGCCUCAAACAUGCAGGGAGUUCAAAAUGGUUUUAUUAAUUGCUCAACAAGGGGGGGAAACAAAUCAAGUAAUUUGAAUGUUGAUGGAUCUUUUAAUGCUUCUGGAGGCUGGGUGGAUCCCAAAAUUGUUUCUCCAUUCAGCCAUGGGGAAUCUUCUAGAAAGAAAGCAACAAAGAGGAAUGGCUCUAAGAAUAGUGUCUCAAAAAGUAAUAGUAAAGCAAACAAAUCAAACCCUGCGAACCAAUCAUGUGCUUCUGGGGGCUGGGUGGAACCCAGGAGCUGCACCAGUUUGCCAAAGGAUGCAGGCAAAAGGCGUGUUCAAGCAAGUGGUGAAUCUGCUGGUCAUUGGUUUACAUCGCCAGAAGGAAGAAAGGUUUAUGUCAACAAAAGUGGGGAGGAGUUGACAGGCCGCAAUGCUUAUAGACAAUAUCGGAAGGAGAGUGGAGCAGGAUUCAAGAAAUCAAGAAAGAAAAAAGGUGCCAAGACGACAAAUGCCAAGAAGAGGAACUGAACACUUGAUGGCAAGACAUUUAUUCCCCGCCUGGUCCACAUCCCAUAAUUUACUUGUGGAUCUUAUGACUAGCAAUACCCUAUAGGUUCAAUUAUGCUAAAUUGCCCUAAACUUCCGGUAUCAUGUGUUGAAUGCGGACAAGGAAGCUAGCCAUCCAGCAUGCGGCAUCACACGAGGAAACUGAAUGAGGGUCUUGUUGCUUAGUGGAGAUUUGAUUCUAAAAAAUCCUGGCAAGUAGAUAUUGUGAGCUUAUUAUACAAGUGGUUCUGUACAGGGCACACGGACCUAAUGUCUUUGGCCAUCAUGAAAUUGUAACUUUGGAUAAUCAUUCACUUUUUUAUUUAUUAGGAUUCACAAUAAUGCUUCGAUUCCAUCUUGA